ACACACACACACACACACACACACACACACACACACACACACACACACACACACACACACACACACACACACACACACACACACACACUUACAUGUUACAGUGAAUAUUUUCGUAUCCCGCUGAGUUUAAUCCCAUUUGUUAAGAGGGUGACUUGGUUUGUUUAAAAGGAGCGAAUACACAACCACAGCUAGUGAACACAUCUUUGUUUUCCAGAGUCAAUAAAGAACAUCUCAGUGAGAAAGGAACCAAAUGUUCAAGCAAAUGUUUCCCUGCAGGAGAGGGUGAUGGUUAAGAGGCAUGGCAACCUUUUGGCUCUGGUAUUCGGCUGCUCAGCAGACAAAUGUCUGUCUGUUUUACGCCUCCAGUGUUUUUCUGGCUCUGCCCCAGGUGAAAAUCCCCUUCACAUCAUUAGAUUAUCUUAAAAUCUGGUCACUGUGGACUCGGUAUGGUUUAACAGGAUUCAUGUGAUGAGCUUUUGUCCGAGAGUUUUGGCCGUCGUACCUCUGCCACAUGGUUAUGUGAGCGGCUCCCACUUGUCUGUCACUGGGAGGUCAGGCGUGGUGUGUGUGUGUGUGUGUGUGUGUGUGUCAGCUCCAGGACAGGACCCAACACUAUUUCCCGUCUGUCUUACAGUAAAAGUGGGCUUCAUUCUUUGUGGUGUUUGAGAAGGAAACAGCCGUCUGUGCUGCUGGCUUCUGCCCAUCUGCUUGUUUGUGAGCAGAGCUUUGAGACAGCUGCUCUCACUAACCGACAGAUAAAUGUUUCCUUUUCAAAGAAGCAACGCUAGCAGAAGCGGGCACAGGAAUAGGAAUGCAGCCCUUCAGGCCUUCCGUGAGCAGAAUUGAGUCUUUUUAAGAUUUAAACGACUGGCGAGGAGACAGGAGUCGGGGAUAGUCUCCCCCCUCUCUGAGUCACGUGAUCCCUCCCGAACUUAUCCACUUCUGAUUCACUAAAUAUGAAACUCCCUCCAAACCUCAAGACCACAGAUGGCUGCAAGGUCAGACAGAUUGAAACAUCCAUGUUUUGUUCCUGAAUCUGAGCUGCAGAUAACCAGCAGUCUGUCUUCAUUAGGUAAGGGCGUAGCUGGGAGACGGAAUUGUUAAGUUCCCAGAAUUACGUCACAUGGAGGUGAAAGGACACCUGAUCACAUCCAUGGGUUUGGGGACUCCUGAUGUUCAAGGCUGCCAGGACAGCAAGCUGCAGGCUGAGCGGAUCGCAGCUCUGCAGCAGAGGAAGCAGGCCCUGGAGGCUCUCCUCAGUGCAAGAGUGGGAGAGCUCAAACAAGUCUGUUUGCAGGAAGCAGAACUGACUGGGAAGCUGCCAUGUGCUUUUCCUCUGGAGACGGGCGAGAAAGCCCCGCUGGUGCAGCGCAGAGCUGGCCUGGCGCCGAGCACCAAGGCAGAGGAUGACUCUGUGCAGAGGAAGCAGAUGAAAGCAAUCUUCACCGGCGCUUUGUGCCGAAACUCAGAAUCAGACCGAAAUGGACCAAAUAGCAAGAGGACAGUCCACCGGGGGUGCCAUACAGAGGACACUGUGAUGUCAGAAAGCACCAGCUCGAUGUCAGACUCAACAUCCCAUGAUAACGACUCUUCCCCCAGCGUAGCUGCUGAUCAGCGCUCUCUGUCCCAGCCCCGACUCACAGUGGGCAGCCCCGACCACAGGAUCAGCAGGAAGCUCUCUCCUGUUGAGAUCUACUACGAGAUGAGGACACGCCGCAACUCCAUCACAAGCUCUGUCAGCCCGUCUCACUCCUUACCCAGAAGUGCUUCUAAUGUUGAAGGCAGGAGCGUUCCAGCCACUCCCAUGUUGGCCCGAACGGCUCCGAUCAGCGUUCACGUCCGGUCAGACACAUCGAGUGGUAACGGGUUGAAGCAGUGGUCCGGCAGCCUGGAUGUUCCAUAUAUGAUCCCACUGGCUCAGGAGGGCUCCUCUUCUGACCGACGAAGCUGUUCCUACGGCUCCAGAGCAAGACGUAGCAACAGCUCAGAGGCCCUCUUGGACAGAUCCAGCCUCCCUGAUGAUCCUGGACCCAGAAAUGGUAUGCCUCAGAGAGGAGGGCCCUACAAGAGCUCGGAGACACUGACUGAUGGCAAAUUAAGACAUAUUCACUUGGACGGCCUGGAGAAACAUGUGGACAGUUCUGUGGAGCAGGUAAAAAUGCGUCUGUCCAUGGGGGGCAGAGCACCUAGCGGAGGCUACAAUGAGCUACUGAUGGAUUAUAUCUGGGGUAAACAGCAGAGGAUGCAAGUGCAGCACCAUCUGUAUCAGUCCACAGGCAGAAUCUGGCAGGACGCGUCCUCUCCUCGCUCCUCCACAGCAGCAGUGCCACCAAAUGCCAAUGGGUUUUCUCACUCCCAAGUGCAUCUGCCCAGUGCUGCAACUCCCUACAGCCCCAUGGUCCUUAGAGGGACCCAAGCAGAACUACGGAGGGUCAAAGUCACCCGGACAAAAUCCUGUGGGCCGUUCAUCCCUUUGCAACAACAAUCUCAAGAUGGCAUCCUGCUGUCAGCAUACGAGUCCCCCCUACCUGCCACCAGCACCACCUCCUCCAUCCCCAACCUGCAUCCGUAUCAGGCUGAGCUCUUGGUUCCCCCCUUCAACCGUAGACCCCCACAGUUUUCUCUCCCAACACCAGAAGAUUCAACAAGGAGUUUGCAUAAAGCUCUGGCUCUGGAGGGGCUGAGGGACUGGUACCUGAGGAACGCUUUUGGCUACCCUUCUGCUGCCCCAAAGGGUCACGAGGCAGGAAUCUCCCGUCUCUCUCACCCAUACCCGCUAGUGCACCAGACCCAGUCCCUUCAAGGUGAACCAGCAAACCUCCAGAGGUCUCAAAUGCCCCAGUCAGCCAGCUUCCAUGGCCACCCGCUGCACGGACGGUCGAUGGAGUUCUCGCUCUAUCAGGAAACUCCAGAUCCACAAAGUCAAGAUGUGACUCCAAAAGAGAGCAACGCAGACCCAGGGACUUUAGUCUGAGGGAGCAGAACACACACACACACACACACACACACACACACGCACGCACACACACACACACACACACACACACACACACACACACACACACACACACACACACACACACACACACACACACACACACACACACGCACACACACACUGUAGCAUCAUAAAACUCGACACAGUUAUAUAAGAUGAUCCGAUGAGACCUCAACAACAAACAAAACGCGGUGACCUCACUUGAAUGAGAUUGAAAUGUAGCUGGAGGGUUAUGCCUGAUUCUGACAGCGUGAACGUUAAAACCAGUGCUCCCAUAUGAAUGUGCACUGGUGAAGCAUCUAAUACCAGUAUGAUCUAUUCUUCAUAUAUCUAUGUAAAUCCUUCUGGUCCAACACCAACAGUAAGAUUCCUCCUAAUAACCUUGAAAAGCCUCCCGACGUAUAAUUUUUUACAGAAUAUAUUCAGCUCUAAAUUACUAUUUUGUAUCUUCUGAUAAAUAGAGAAAAGUUAUAUUAAAAGAGUGAUUUAUUGCUAUUUAAUUGUUAUGAUCUAUUCUCAUUUGACUAGUAUUACAUACCAUUGAAUGUGUGUUUUUAAAGUGAACAAAGCCGUAGCAACGCCUGUCCUCUGUUGUUUUUAUUUAAAUAACGGUUUGAUCAGAUGAAAAUUGGCCAGAGAAUGUAGCUUCACGGUGUGCAGGUCGGAGUGCCUAAAAUCCUUUAUCCUCUAAAUUUGGUGGGAAGUCUUUAAAAUGUGAACCCUUUGUUACAACCUUUAACAUCAUUUUCUAAAACCACUUAAUCGAUGUCAGGAGGUGAUUUUCCCGCUUUUAUCGUUCUGUGUGAACCUGAACAGAACGGCUGAACUCAGAAGGGCCACAGUGAGACCUGCUGUAUGAGUAGCAUGUGAUUGUCUAACAAACUGGAGGGUCUGGCUGUCAUACAGAGCACUUUAGGAACAUCUGAAGCCUUAUUUCCCUUUGAGGUGGUCACCGAGAGAGCUGGCAGGUUUAAACAGGGUUUCUGAUGAGGCAAACUUGAAAAAGGAGAGUUUUUUCAACACCUGCUGAAGGUCUACUGUGUGUAGGUUUGUAUAUAGUAAGGAUUGUACUGACGAGUCUUUGUUCCCAUACUAACAUGUAAUCUUCAAUCUAACCCCAUGCUAGCGUAUUUAACCUAAAUAACCCGUCCCACACCUCCCACCCUGUGUGAGAACUACUGCUAGAACAGAGCAGGAUCGCUGUGGUACUGAAUGAUGGUUUGAGCCGGUCUCAUUCCAGGAAACGUGUUAAAAAAUAAAAGUUAAUGGCAGAUCUUUGCAUUUGUAAUGAUUUUAAUUCAUUUGCGUUGGGUGUUUUUGUUGCAUUAAAGAUACAAAUGAACCUUUUUUUUUCAUCCUAGUGCAUCAUUGACAUCAGCAACAGAUGAGUAACACGUUGUGUGUUGUUUUGGGGUCAUUUGUGUACUUGAACCUUUGUCAUUGUGCAACCUAUCUAAAUGUAAUUCUUUAGGUGAGUCUUAAGUCAUGUUUUUGUACACGGCUACGAAGCGUAGCUCUACGUUUCAUCAUGUCAGCUUCAUUAAAACCUGAAAUCAAAGACCAAACUGCUGUGCACUGGGAGUCAGAAAGGUAUUUUUCAUAUUAUCUACUCUGUAUAUUCAAAAUAAAUAUGAAUUUAGCUCUAAAGAUGUAUUCAAACUAUUAUAUUUAUGAAUCUAAUAUUUUGUAGCCAUCUACUGUAGCUCUUGAUCAUCGGUGCAGGAAUUGCCAAUGUGUCUUUAAACGGUUUUAUUCAGAAGUGUGACGUGUAAAACUUUCAUUUGAAUUUUUUUAUAUUUAAAUUCAGCUGUCUUGUUUCUCUCCUGUGAUCAGACCUGUGAGAUUAGACUCGACAGGUCUGCUAUCUGCUGUAUGUUUGGGAUUUUGCAUUCAUUCUACUAAAUAAAGUGUCAUGUUGAAUCAACAAAUUAGUCAGAAAUUUUGUUUCGGAGGAAGAUUUACUGAAUUUUUUCCAUGUUGUUUAUUCUUAUUUAUGUUGCUAAUGAACUACAACUUGUUAAGCAUUGAUAUAGCAAAUAAAAGUGUAUGCUGCUGGGUCUCCUCUCUUUAGGAUGUGCCUUGAAAACCUCUAAGGAUUAAGGCAUCCCAACCAGACACCUAAGCCACUGCAGCUGACACAUCUGGAGACGAGGGGCUCAGUCCCAAUGAUGGAAUGAUGCUGGAAUUACUCAAACUCUGAGCCCAGCCUCCCAAUGAAGGAAGCUCUUUUCUGUCGCCUGUAUCCCAGAUCUGACUCUGUUUGGUUACUUUAACUUUUCUGAACCAAGACGGAACAUUUUCCCAGACACUCUCUGGACUCUCAUCCCGUUCACUUCACACUCGACAGAAAUCUUCCCUCUCUGAAGCGUUUGGCUUGAAGCCAGCAUAGGUGCGGGGUCCAACCUGUAGCUCCAUGAAACAGUUUCAGUUGGUGAAGAAAAAAUCAGAAAAAUCAGAAAAUGUGAAACAAUGUGAAUUUAUACAAGAACUUAUUUUUUGAGGGUUUACUUGCUGUACCCAUUAAGGGUCUUCAGAAA